GUGACAAGAGUUAGCCUUUACAGUGAAGGUAGAAUUAACGCCAAAUUGAUUUCGUUUUCACCAGCAAUGUUGCCGAGUUCCAAUAGAGACACUGUGAGGACCACGAGCCCUGCAGACCUGCAGCUGCUGAUGAACCAUCCCUCGGCUCUGUGUCUGGCCGGUUGGCCCGGUGUUAGACCCGCCACGGUCUACUACGAGGAGCCUGUUCCCUGGUCGGUUUUCAGGGUCGUGGACUGCCCCGCCGUGUUGGCGGCACCUCAUCCGCUGACCCAGUCGGUAACACCUCCAUAUUACUUUUGCGAACAUUCGAACGCAAAGGAGAGCCGAAAGCUCCUGCUGCGCAGGUCAGUUCUAGAACUGGUGAACGCUCAUCGCUACCUGGCUUUGACGGACACGGAGCUGCUGCACUGGUACCUCAGUCUGUCGGCGGAGGACAGGAGCAUCAUACUGGAUGAGGGAGGCUUUCACUACUUCCUACAGAAUCAUCCUGGGUUGGCGCUUUCUCAGAGUCAUGUUUAUUUGAAGCCUAAACUUGGAAGUUGUGUUCACUGCACAGUUACAGCCAAUCAGAACUUGUCUUCCAGACCUGGAUCACAGGACUUCGGAUGUGAAGCGUCUGUGCAAAUGUUGAAGAUGCUUCCAGGUGACACAAGGGAGAACUUGCCCAAGAUGGGCUUUUCUAACAGUGUGACAAGAUCUCAAAAUCAUCUGUGUGAACAGGCCUGUGACAACGCCAUGGUCCACCAGAUGGCCUACAGCCUCCCUCUCACACACACACUGAACCAGCACAUGGGUUCAUCAAUGUCUCAGCUGAACAGCAGCAGCAUCAGUGCAGCUGUGCCACUCAACAUGUACUUAGAAAGAUCCAGACAGAGAAGCAAGCCUGAGGACUCGGCAGCAUGCAGCCAGGGGGCAGCCUCCACCAUCCAGGCACAGUCAGAGUGUCUAGUGGAAAACAGCGGGUCCUCACAGCAGCCAAGAGUGGACGCCAUGAAGCUCACGCAGCGUUCAGGGGUGGACACCAGCCACACAGUGCAGAUCCAGCAGGCUCCUCCUCCUGAAGGUCCUGCAGGAGAAAAUAUUGUGCUCAGUGGCAAGAAAACAGCAGUCAGUCAAGUGGAGAUCAGACAGAGCUCUGAAGAUGAAAGGGGUCAGUUCAACUUCCCCAUCAAGGAUGAUAGGGGCAGCCUAGUGUGCUUGGCAGGCAACGGUGUGACACUGCAGAAUGCUGGUGCUCAGAUCCAGCUGGGCGACCCUCCAGCAGACAACAGGCUGAAGAGCACUGCAGAGAAGUUUACCUCCACCUCUCCCUGUGCACCCAGCUAUGACACUGCAGUGAAUACUGAUGUAGAGAGCUGCACAGCAAAGCAGACCCAAACUGAAGGUCCAAACACAUCCGAACAUAAUGUCAUGACUGAGCUUCAUAUGUCCGAUCUGGACUACCUGGCUGAUGAGUUGAUCAAACUCCAGAUGAUUCAAGAGCACAAGGAGCCAAAGAAGAAGAACAAAAGCCCUGACAGUGUGUCAGCUGCUCCUAGAAUGGACUGCGGCUGUAAGCAGCGCGCCCAGCAGGCAGAGCUGACCCUGCUCACCCUGCACUAUGAGCUGUGCAGGCAGCACGUCUGGAGGCUCUACUACACGUCCGCUGAGGGACACCUGUCCACGGCAAUAGCUGAAGACCCACCACCAAACGUUGUGGAGAUCCUGCAGAAGUUGGAAACUGACUAUAACCUGACGAAGAACCAGAUCCUGGCGGGGGUUCCUCUGGAGCAGCUGAAUCCUCUGUGUGUGGAGUCUGAGAAGAUCACGGCAGGAGCAUGUUAUGUCCCUGAACAGAUCCUUGGUGGCCUGCUGGGAAAGACUCCUUCUUGUUCCACCCAGGGGACACAGAAGCAUGUAGGAGCUGGAGACAGCGGAGGUCCUGAUGGGGACAGACAGAGCUGCCAGAAACCCAAACUGCUCCACAAGGAAGAUGAAGAGGAUAAGAGAGCUGCAGCUCUUGUACCAAAAGAGCGAUUGGUUAAGCAAAUGGGCUUUGAGGAGGUGAGCUUUAGUGAGGCGUGGUACGAUGCUGAGGAGGACCUGCAGUUGCCAGGACCGGCAGUAGACACGGCCGACAGUGACAGAUCAGUCAGUGGUGAGAGCAGCAGCUCAGUACUCUAUGUAUCCAACCUGCCUGGUCAUGUGACACAGAGUGACGUGAGGCAGUUGUUUGAGAAUUUCCAGCCAACAGAAGUCAGUAUCUUCCCCUCAAAGAACGGCGUGAGAGUUGCCAUAGUGAUGGUGGAUGGCCCAGAGGUGGCUAAAGCUGCAGUCAGAGAGCUCAAUGGUCUUCGACUGCACAGCCGUACCAUACACAUCAGGCACCUGAGUGGAGCCGCUGUUGGGGGCCACACACCUGGCGCCACCUGGGGGUCCAUGGCCCCAGAGGAUGCUGACACCAACUGGAGGCUCACUGAGAAAAAGCUGGUAAACCCAGCGGUCCUCAGCUCCAGCAUCCAAACCAGGAAGGUGGUGAGCAUCUUUCCCACCGCCAAGGGGACCUGCGUACCUCAGCACUUCGGCACCAUGGGCGGCCUGGACUCGCUGAUGGCCGAGCUCACCCAGCUCCACCCCCAUGUCGACCGCCAGACAAUCCUGGAUGCUCUGAUGGAGCUGAAGGCCACACACCAGGGGGUCCUGGCCAGCCUGCCCCUCAGCACCAUCAGAGACAUGACCUCUGCCCUGCUGACCAAAUCGCCUACUGCCACGCAGAACUAAGUGGAAAAGACUGUGCACCUCUGUUCAAGUUGUAUUUAUUUCCAAAUUAGCAGCAACUCUCCAUUUUUAUUUGAAGUUCAUUUCCAGCGUUCAUGGGAAAUGCUGCGUCUUCAUCUUCUGUUGGGUUGCUGCUCUUCACCAGUUAACUGAUGGAUGUUUGGACCUAAUGUUUAGAUGUUUGUUCUUAUAAAAAGCUCACCCAAUGAACAAUA